GAACAAUACAUAUUACACAUACUAGAAUGUUGCGUUACUCUCCUGUGCACCGUCAAUUGGCCGGUGCUGCCGCCAAAGUCAUGGCUAGAAGAACAAUGGCUUCUGGUAACACUGACUUAGUUACUGUUACUUUACCAGAAUCUUCAUUUGAAGGUUACAACUUGGAUGUUCCAAGCUUGGAAUUCGAAACCGAAAAGGAAUCCUUGUUGAAGAUGUACAAAGAUAUGGUCAUUAUCAGAAGAAUGGAAAUGGCUGCCGAUGCUUUAUAUAAAGCCAAGAAAAUUAGAGGUUUCUGUCAUUUGUCCGUUGGUCAAGAAGCUAUUGCUGUUGGUAUUGAAAAUGCCAUUACUCCAAAAGAUACCGUUAUCACUUCUUACAGAUGUCACGGUUUUGCGUUCAUGAGAGGUGCUUCUGUCAAGUCCGUUUUGGCUGAAUUGAUGGGUAGAAGAUCUGGUAUCUCCCACGGUAAAGGUGGUUCCAUGCAUAUGUUUGCCCCAGGUUUCUACGGUGGUAACGGUAUUGUCGGUGCUCAAGUUCCAUUAGGUGCCGGUUUAGCCUUCUCUCACAAGUACAGAGGUGACGGAUGUGCUUCCUUCACUUUAUACGGGGAUGGUGCUUCUAACCAAGGUCAAGUUUUCGAAGCUUACAACAUGGCCAAGUUGUGGAACUUGCCAUGUAUUUUCGCUUGUGAAAACAACAAGUACGGUAUGGGUACUGCUGCUGCCAGAUCCUCUGCCAUGACUGAAUACUACAAGAGAGGUCAAUACAUUCCAGGGUUGAAGGUCAAUGGUAUGGAUGUCUUGGCCACUUACCAAGCUUCUAAGUUCGCCAAGGACUGGGCUGCCCAAGGUAACGGACCAUUAGUUUUGGAAUACGAAACUUACAGAUAUGGUGGUCACUCUAUGUCUGAUCCAGGUACCACUUACAGAACCAGAGAAGAAGUUUCUCAAAUGAGAUCUAGAAACGAUCCAAUUGCCGGAUUGAAGGCCACCUUAUUAGAAAAGGGUAUUGCUACCGAAAAGGAAAUCAAGGCUUACGACAAGGAAGCUAGAGCUUAUGUUGACGAACAAGUUGCUGCUGCUGAAGCCGAUGCUCCACCUGAAGCCAAGAUGGAUAUCUUAUUUGAAGAUGUUUACAUUCCAGGUUCUGAAAUUCCAACCUUGAGAGGUAGAAUUUCCGAUGACACUUGGGACUUCAAGAACAAGACCUUCUUAAACAAGGUUUACUAAGAGCAUAGGAGUAGCAUAGAAUAUGUAAAUUAUUAGUAUAUAUAUAU